AUGGAUAAAAGGACAUUGCUGAAAAUUUAUGAUAGUCGUGUAGAAAUACUAAAACAAGGGCCGAUGGAAAAGACAAAAUGUGAAGAUUUAUUAAAGGAAUUAGAGAUAGACGUGGAGCUUUCUAAACUUUCUUCAAUUGUUUGGAAAAAUUUGAUAAGGCCUGAACUUUUAAUAGAAUCAGUUCUUCAGAAAUUAAAAAAGAAUAGGGAUUAUGAAAAGGAGCACAAGUUUAGCCAGAUUUUAUUUGAAAAAAGUGAAUGUAUAAGAUAUGAAAAAUUGAAAGAAAUGUUUGGGAAAUGGCUUUCAAAUAUUUAUGAAAAAAAUGAAAUUUGCCGAAUCCUGCAUGUAAUUAAAAAAUUUGCUCUUAAUUCUCGCUUUGAAGUGGAAAAAGGGUAUUUUGUGCUGCUUAUUAGGGGCUCCAUGUCAAAUGAAAGUGGAUUUUUGACAGUGUAUAUUUCAUCGAAAUGCAUUUGGUCGAAAAUUAACGGGUUUUUUCGGUCAAAUGUCUCACUAUCAAAAUUUCAACCAACUUUGGGCCAAAAAUACUUCGGUGAAAUGGACACUAUGCCAUUGGACCCGCACCCGCUUAUUAGGACUUGUGAUAAUUUCUCUAGCAAUAUUACAAGUAAUUUAAAUUACUUCAAAGUUUUAUAUUAUGCAUUGAAUAAAUGCAUAUUAAGAGAUUUUUGGGUAGAGCUUAAAAGUUAUGAUGGAAAAAGAACAGUUUUAAAGGAGCUAAAUAAAGCCCAACAGGAUAAAAUUCGCAAUUUGCCAAUAAAAGCACCGAAAAUUAACAAUUUUUAUGAAAAAGAAAAUUUCAGCAAAAUAAUUACAGAAAAGUCAUCAAAAUCUUUAGGGGAGGGGUAUGAUGAAAUUUAUACAUCCAAAGCUGUCAGUUUGAGAAACAAGCUAUUUUUUAAAAUUUGUGAAAAAAUCAUUGAUGGAAGAUAUAAAACUGAGUCAAAAUCUAUUUUUCAACAAAUUAUAGCAUUUGCAAAAUCAAGAGGAAAAUUCAUUGACAAAACCUAUAUAAAACUUUGUAUUAUUUUGCAGAAUUGCUUUUCUCGUUCUUUAAGGUCGACUUUUGAUAACUUGCAGAGAAUUUCUUUAAGAAAAAAUUCUUUUACUGCAAGUAGGAUUAGUUUUGAAAGAGAAGACAGCAUAUGCUCAUUCUCCCACAAUGCAAACUCAAUUGGCUUUAUUAACGGGACAUAUAGAAUGAAUUAUAGUCAAAGUCUCUGCUUAUCAUUUGCUCUAAAAUCUCUAUUUCAAAAAAAACUCAACGAAAGUUUCUUUAUUUUCAAGAAGGCUCUAAUUUGUCCAAUAAAAAACCUUACCAAAACUCUAGAUACGCCAAUUUCCAAAUUUAAACGAUCUAUAUUUACAGAGCUUGUCCAAUUAACAAAAAUUCAAGAAAUUACAAGUUCCAUUCAAGGUGAAAUUUCUCAAGAAUUAAGAAAGCUUAGACAGAAUGACUAUAAAAGUACUAAAAUCCGGGCAAUUAAAUUUUUAAAUUCAAAAGGCAAGUCAAUUCAAUUUUUCAAAAAAAUAUUUUUAUGAAAGACAUGAAGAAUUAAAAUAUUGGAAAGUAGGUCUCUGAAAGAUUGAAAAAAAUUCAAUAAAAAGCAAAAAUUCGUUGAUCUUUCAGUUAAAAUGUCUUCUUCUGUACCUCAAACCCCAAAGCAAGUAGCACGGUCACCAAAGAGAGCGUUAAAGAAAAGUAAAUGCACUUCAUCUCAAUUGAUUUUAAAUAGUCAAGCGACAAGCGAGAAAUACGAUGAUCUCAAUAAUUCUGUGAAAAGAAUAAGGUUCCAUCAUGGAAUUGAGAAAUUGUGGCUUGCAAAGAGAAUGAUAAUAAAGAGACUAAAAAAUUGAAGUCCACACAGAGCAUUCAGCGUAUGGCUUUCAGCUGCUCAAAUAUCAAUCUAA